GUGUAAGUGCCUGGCAAGGGUAACGUGGGGCUGUGCCUGGGAGCACAGCUGCGACUCUGCUGGGGAGGAAGCAGGGCCAGGGCAGCUCUGCCCUCCCCGAUCCUCCCCUGGGGCUUCUUCAGCCGUGGGGACACGCACCCCGAGGGCCUCUGUUGGCCUGACCCUGCUGCAGGGGCUCUCUUUCCCCACUGACAGUGGAGAUGGCCAGUUUUUUGAGCUCCUUUCUGCCCAGCUGCCUCCCCUCCCUCCUCUUCCUCCUCCAGCUGUCUUCCAGCUCUGCAGGACAGUUCAGAGUAAUGGGACCAGGGCAGCCCAUCCGGGUGCUGGUGGGGGAUGAAGCGGAAUUGCCCUGUCGCAUAUCUCCAGGAAAGAACGCUACAGGCAUGGAGGUGGGAUGGUACCGACUCCCCUUCUCCAGGGUGGUUCAUCUCUACCGAAAUGGCAAGGACCAAGAUGAAGAACAGGCGCCUGAAUACCGGGGCCGCACGGAGCUGCUGAAAGAGACUAUUGGGGAGGGAAAGGUGACCCUCAGGAUCCGGAAUGUAAGGUUCUCAGAUGAAGGAGGUUUCACCUGCUUCUUCCGAGAUCAUUCUUACCAAGAGGAGGCAGCAAUAGAAUUGAAAGUGGAAGAUCCCUUCUACUGGAUCAACCCUGGAGUGCUGGCGCUCAUCGCGGUUCUGCCUGUGUUCCUCCUGCAGAUCACUGUGGGCCUUGCCUUCCUCUGCCUGCAGCGCAGACUCAGAGGAAAACUUCCAGCAGAGAUGGAGAAUCUCCACCGGACUUUUGAUCCCCACUUCCUGAGGGUGCCCUGCUGGAAGAUAACCCUGUUUGUAAUCGUGCCAUUUCUCGGACCCCUGGUGGCCUUGAUCAUCUGCUACAACUGGCUACACGGACGACUAGCAGGGCAAUUUCUUGAAGAACUAAGUAAGUUUUCUUCUCUUUCUUAUAAGCUGAGAGCAAAAAAAAAAAAAAAAAAAACAAGGAAAGCAGCAGCAAGGGGAAGAGGGGGCUAUUGAGGGAUCAAAAUCCCAAAGGAAAGGAAGGGCUGGUGAGCCUGGCUGGAGGGAGGAUUCCUCCUCCACCUUCGUGCUCCAAAGCAAGAAUCCCACUCCAGCUGGCCUCCUUUCUCAAUUGUUCCCUACAGCAGCUGCCCUGGGCCUCCCCUCCAAGGCCAGAUGACUCCACAGGGCUUUCUUCUCCCUGGUGUGACAGUUUCAUGACAGAAACUGUUGACAGCUUUUUCAAGUCAUUUUCUCCUCCUUCUAGGAAACCCCUUCUGAAUGAUGUCGCAUCUUGGCAGGGUGGAGAAGAGCCUGGUUGGCCCAAAGACUGGUCCUCGGGGAUGUCACAUCCAUCAAGUUGCACUCACUGGCCUCUUUGCUGUGGGGACAUUCCAAUCUGCACUUGCAGGAACGCUCUGAAUUCCAAAUAGGAUCAACUUCUCUUCUGUCAUCUACUUUGUCUCUCCCUUUCCCCAGCUCCUUCCUUCCUCUCCCCCUUUAUGCUGCCCACAUAUUUCUACUCCUUGGUCUAUCUUCCAUCUGGAAGCCCUCUCUGGUUACAGCCAGGCAGCUGCUCUUCUCUUCAUCAGAGGGCACCUGUGCUGCAGAGUAACACAGACAAGAGGGUCUCUGCCAUGAACUGGAGACCAGGAACCUCCUCACUGCAAAUUAUAGCACAUCAACUUCGCAAA